UCACAAACACACUCACUCACACUCCCUUUCUUUUUCUCUUCCCUUCUUUUGUGUUUCAGUCAUGUCGAGCGGAAGGAAAGGCAAAGGUCGCCGAAAGAUUGAAGUGAAAAAGAUAAGCAACGAGAGUAACCUGCAGGUGACAUUCUCAAAACGUCGUAGCGGACUCUUCAAAAAAGCUAGUGAGCUUUGCUCCAUUUGUGGUGUAGAUGUUGCUCUCGUUGUUUUCUCACCAAGUGGGAAGACAUUUUCCUUUGGUCAUCCCAAUGUUGAUAUGGUCAUAGAUCGCUAUCUCUCUCAAGUCCCACCCCAAAACAACGGCACCUUGCAAUUCAUUGAGGCUCGUCGUAACGCCACCCUGUGCGAGCUCAAUGCUCAACUGACUCAAAUCAACAACAUGUUGGACGACCAAAAGAAGCGUGAAGAUGAGUUGAGCCAUUUGCGCAAGGCGACCGAGGCUCAACUUUGGUGGGCUUGUCCAAUUGAUGUGAUGAAUAGGGCUCAACUUAAAUCAUUAAAACAGGCUAUGGAGGACCUUAAGAAACUCGUUGCACAACAUAAUGAUAGGAUUGCAAUUCAGGGUGCUCCUACUCAAACUCUUGAAUUUUCUGUUGGCAACGCUUCAUCCUCUAAUAUCUCUCACCAUCAUCAGCCAAAUUCUCUUCAACAAUCUCAAAUGUUUGCACCACAAUAUUUUCAAAACCCUAUGUUGGAACCUCAUUUGUUUGGCUUCAACAAUAUAGGCGGUGGAGGAUAUGGACCCCCGGGAUUCUUUUGA